AGGACAAAAAACACAAAAGAUGGUUCCUGCGGUUGAUUCGAAGAACAAGAAGCAGCCGAUCAUCUCCAUCCCUUCUUCUCCGGAGCUGAAAUCCUCUUCGAUUGAUGAUGAAAACGAAGAAUCCCAAGAAGAAGACGAUGGAGAAGUUUCCGAAGAUGAAUAUGUUGACGAUACCGAUCGAGAUUGGGAGGAUUCGAGCAUUGGUGAGGACGACGACGAUGAAGACGACGACGACGAUGAUGAUGAUGUCUCUAGUGGCUCUGUUGCUGUGGAGGAUCCAUGCGAAAGGGUCAUCGACCUUCUUAAAAGAAAGAAAAGUCUGGAUGUUUUGAAGCUUGAUCAGUGCAAAGCCUAUUUGAGAAAGCAUUCUCUUAGAUUGAGUGGGACUAAAGCUGCUUGCAUUGAAAGAAUUCAGGAAUAUUGGAGGAUGAAAGACGGAAACGGUGAAUUGCAGUAUCCAAAGUCAUCAUUUGUUAUUGAUUGUACAGGUGAUGUAUGUAAAGGCGAUGUUGUCCUGUUCAGGCAGAAAAUUUAUAGCAAAUUUGACAAAGUUACAAGGGGUGCGAAGGUCAUUGGCAAAAGAAUUGUUGCUGGGAGAAUUGUGAAAGAAAGUUAUGGUUCAGCCAAGCAGCAGCAUACCUUUACUGUGGAAGUAUUAUGGAGUGAAGGAAAGCAAGCAUUGGCUCCAUUAUUUCCAUUGCUUGUGAAAGGACGGAACCUUUAUAGAUUGAAAACAUUUAGACAGCCUUGGAAUGAUGAAGCAGAGAGAGCUAAGGUUUUAGACGAGAAGCACAAGAGAGGAGCUGCAGCAAGGCAUGUCAGAGCCAUUGCGAGAGGGAACAAUGCAAAAAAAGGUUUGAAGCGGCAGAUAAAUUGCUCAACUAAAGGAGAGCCUCAUAAUAAGAGACAGAGGAAAGCAGAAAUCAUGCCAGGUAGACCAAAGUGUAAACCAAAUAAUUACUGUGAAACAGCUCCAGUUUACUGUCAUGGGAUGGCCAAGGAAUAUAAAACAAGAUUUCCUGGUUGGUUGACAUCUGGAAUUCCAACAGAAACCUAUCAAACAGGAAGUGAGCCUACACUGUUUUGUGCUUCUUCCAUUUCAUCCAUGCAUGAGAAGGCUGAGAAGAUCAGUAACAAAAGGUUUCCUGACUCAUCAACAUCUGUUUUGCGGGAAAAAACCAAUCAUCAUCAUGGAAGUGAGAUUUAUAAUCUGUUCAGUGCUCCUUCCUUUAACAAUAAAAAAGCUCCAGCAAACAGUCAUGGGAAUGCCAAGGACUGGAUUACAAAAUAUCCUGUUUCAUCAUCAUCUGGCCUUUCAAAUGAAACCUAUCCUUAUGGAAGCGAGAUUCAUACGCAGAUUCGUGCUACAUGUGGCAUUAAUAUGAAUGCCAAGAAAGUCAGCGACACAAGCUCUACUGCUUUGUCAUCUUCUGAUUUUUUGAAGGAAAGCCCAUCAUCAUGGAACUGAGAUUCAGAGUAUACAGUUUCGUGCUCCGUCUUUGCACCAUGAAAUGGCUCUGGCCAACAGCCAUGGGAAUCAGAACUGGAAAAUGAAAUUUCCUGGUUUAUUAUCUGCUCUUUGGAAGGAACCUUGUCAUCAUGAAAGUGAGAUUUCUACGCAGUUCCAUGCUCCAUCAUUUCACGAUGGAGCCCAUAAUCAUGGAAGUGAUAUUCAUUAUACACAGAUUCAUGCUCCAUCCUUUCACCAUGGAACAGCUCGAGUUAACAACAUUCCCUGGAAGGCUAAAAAGAUGCGGAACAGAAGAUUUCCUUGUUCAUCACCGUCAUCUGGUCUUUUGAAAGAAAUCCGUUAUCAUGAAGAAGACAGUAGUCAUGCACAAUAUCGAGCUCCAUCCCUUAACCAUGAGACAUCUCAAACAAACAACCAUUCGAGGGAGAUUGUUCAUGGACGAUAUCAUGCAAAUAGCAAUAGGAAGGCAAAGAAGGCCCGGUACACUACAUUUCUUGGUUCAUGAUCAACUAGUGUUACGAAAGAAAUGCAUCAUCAUGGAAGCUAGCUGAUACAAAGUUUAGUAAUACUUCUUCCCUUGACUAUCUACCCGUCAAUGCUGAUUACAAUGUUUACAACAAGUCUCAGAUUGAAUACUGGAACUCAGGAUAUGAAUUACCUCCAUUACUGCAAUUUUCUGGCUCGAGGAAGUGAUGUUCGUAGGUCUAGGCUCUGACCUCCAAUUAAGAGCUCAGGCUGUAGAUGAAUGGGGGGAGUUUUUGCAGUUUCAGCUCCAAAACUUUGAUUAAUUUUCUUCUUUUGUAUUGUCAAGGCUCUGAAUACUAAUUUUAGUGCAAUGUUAUCACUGAAAAUGUUUGUUUCUUCUA